CACGGGAGGCCUACACGCUGCCGAUUGUGCUGCCGCCAUGUCUCUAGUGAUCCCUGAGAAGUUCCAGCACAUCCUGCCAGUACUCAACACCAACAUCGAUGGGUGGCGGAAAAUAGCCUUUGCCAUCACCGCCAUUAAGGGUGUGGGGCGGAGAUAUGCUCAUGUGGUGCUGAGGAAAGUGGACAUUGACCUCACCAAGAGGGCUGGAGAGCUCACAGAGGAUGAAGUGGAGCGCGUGGUCACCAUCAUGCAGAACCCAAGGCAGUACAAGAUCCCAGACUGGUUCUUGAACAGACAGAAGGACGUGAAGGAUGGCAAGUACAACCAGGUUCUGGCCAAUUGUCUAGACAACAAGGACCCCUCAUCCAAUGACCAGUGUCCUAAAAAGAGAGGGUAUAGAGAGACUCGGGAAGAAGGGUGCCUGCAGGUGAAGCUGAGAGUGGCACACCAGGACCUCUAUGAGCCACCGGAAGCAAGUGGAGAAUAG